AACAAUGGAAAUUCAAUCAGGAAAUGGAGAAGAGGUAGCAAGAGCAGUGUCAGCGACCUCGGGCUUCGUUUCCUGUAGUGCCUCCGGGCCGCAGGUAGAGACACCGGACGAUCCAGUGCUCAGAGAGGACCUGCAGGCUGCUAAGAACAUUGAGAGGUUUGACAUCCCACUUGAUAACCUGAAGAGGAUGUUUGAGAAGCCUGCUGCGGCGAACACCGAAGUGACAGCUGUCCACGCCUCAUCGUCCAAAAGAGUGACGUCCGGCAGUCUCACACAGGCCGACCCGUCUCCAGAUCAGACCAUGCUAACUGAUACAAUCGUUACUGCAGGCAGCGAAGGUCGAUCCACACCAGGACGUCCGGAGGACAGGGCCCCAAGCGCCGAGGACCAGGAGGGCGAGCCGGUGUCGGUGAAAGAGCGGCUGGCGAUGUAUCAGGCCGCCGUGUCCAAGAAGGAAACCGGCAGCUCCUCCUCUGCCGCGGUGAUGAGUGAGUCCGAGGCCUGUUCGCUGCCCGGCGGCCUGGCCGGCGUGAAGAAACAGUUCGAGAGCCAGGAGUUCGCCUCGUCCACCUCUCAGUCCAGCGUCGCCCAGUUUCACUUCGAGCAGAGAUCCGUCCAGGAGACGUCAAGCUCCUCAGAGGUGACGGUCAGAAGCAGCGGCAGAGAGGUCGUCCCCGCCACAACCCUCUUUCACGAUCAACGAGAGGUGAUCCAUGAGGAAAGGGUGCACCAGAACAAUGUGGCUGCCAGUUACGGGAACCAUUACAACGAAACAGUUAUGCUCAUUGGAGGAGAGGACCUACCAAAGGUUUCCACUCAGUCUUUGAAGCAGCAGUAUGAAAAAACGAUUGAGGAAGCCGCACCAGUCAAGGAAAUUAAGGUUGAUGUGGAUUUCAACCAGUUUCAAUGGGCACCAGUGAAUAAGUCCUCCAAAGCGUCAACCAUGACAAGCUAUGACACCUCUUCCACCUUAAAGACUGCCACUCACACUGCCUCAUCAGCAGUGUCUGCCUCAUCAUUGGCUUAUGAGCUGACAGAUAAUUUCCCUCCUCCGCCCUCGAACCUGUUACAGGAAACCCCUGAUUAUAUCUCUUCCCAGCCUCAGGAGCUAGCCUCCCAACAUAAGCAUGCUGUUACUAAGGAGCAGUACUUUAAACACAAGAGUACAGCUGAACUAAAGCGCCUCUACAAGCACAUCCAUCCAGAAGUUCGCAAGAACCUUGAGGAAGACUUCUUGAGUGAGCUCACCGAAGCAGAAAAAAAGGACUUGGAAAGCGAGGAAGUGGUGGGAGACGUCCAGCAGGCGUGCUAUAUGUUUGAAAAUGAUGGCAACGGCUCGAGUAAGUGUUCAAGCCCUGACAGAGAGUACCUGGAAUGGGACGAGAUCCUCAAAGGCGAAGUGCGGUCCAUGCGCUGGAUGUUUGAAAACAAGCCGCUAGAUACAAUCAAAGACGACAACCCAGACGAAGACGAGGUGGGGAAUAUCGCCCAGCAGGAAAUUAUUGCCGGCAAAGAUGUCAGACACACAGCUUGGAUGUUUGAGACUCAGCCCAUUGAUGCUCUGGGGACGGAGGCUACUGAUUCAACUGAGCAGUCACAAAAAGCGACUAAUCUCGCAAGAGGCGAUGUCCGCACUGCCACGUGGCUUUUUGAGACGCAGCCACUGGAUUAUCUGAAUAAGAUCUACCAAGAAGACGAGCAGGAGACAGAUGUUGACGUCACCAAAAGCAUCACCGGCGGAGAUGUGAAAACCGCCAGAUAUCUCUUUGAGACCCAGCAUCUGGAUUCCAUGGGUAAAACAGAAACAAUUGAGGAGAGCCACUUCCUGAACUUAAAGUCUGAGCUGGAGGAGAUCAAAGGGGAUGUGAAGACAACCACUCGCAUGUUUGAAACCCAGCCCAUGUGUGUCAUCAGGGGGGAUUCGGGAGAGAUGCUGGAGAUCACCACCAUCCGCAGGGAGGAGACUGAGAAAGGAGACGUCAAGACAUCCCGCUGGAUGUUUGAAACCCAGCCUUUGGAUAUCAUUAACAAAGACCCUGCGAUGGUGAAGCUGAUAUGUGGCAUAUCCAUGGAGGACAACAUCGAAAGUGGUGUGAACAAAGGUAGGUGGCUUUUUGAGACAAAGACCCUUGACACCAUUAAGGAUGAGGAAUGGGAAAGUUCCAGGAAGCAAAAGGAAGACAUAAUUGGUGCUGAUGUGAGAAAGCACUGUCUGGUUUUCGAGACUCAGGCGAUGGAUACUCUGAAAGACAACGCCAAUGCUAGACCUUUACCAUCAGAGGAGAUUGUAGGAGGAGAUGUUCAAUCAGCCAAACAUCUGUUUGAAACAGUACCCAUGGAAAAUCUGAAAGAACUGCUCGAAGUGGGAAAACUUCAGAAAAUGGUUGCAUCUGAAGAAGAAAAGGGUGAUGUGAGGCAUCAAAGGUGGGUCUUUGAGAGCCAGCCACUGGAGAAUAUAAGGGAGGAGAAGAAGGAGAUUACAAGAACAGUGAAUGUCGACACUCUUGACAAAAUAGAUGUGACCAAUUAUAAAGAAAGGUUUGAAAGUAUGGAUUUAAGUAAGUGUGAAGGAACACAGAAAAUUCAAGUUGAAGGUGUCACAAGUGGAUCCGUCAGAUCCAACAGAGUUCUUUUUGAAUCCACCCCUAUGUAUGCUAUGCAAGACAGCUCUGGCCAUUACCACGAGGUGAGGACCGUGAGGCGUGAGGAGAUCGUGAAGGGAGACGUGCGCAGCUGCAGAUGGAUGUUUGAAACGCGUCCGAUUGAUGAGUUUGAUGAAAGCAUCAAUAAGUUUCAGAUCAUAAAAGGUAUAUCCAAGCAGGAGGUCGAGUCAGGGGAUGUCAAAACAGCCAAGUGGUUGUUUGAAACUCAAGCGCUUGAUGCCAUAAAAUCUCAUUUUGAGGAUGAAGAACAUACAUCUAAGGAAGGUAUUGAAAUUGAGAAAGGGGACGUUAAGACUUGCAGGUGGCUAUUUGAGACUCAACCGAUGGAUGCUCUGUAUGAAAAGGUGGAAAAGAGCGAGGCUGACAUUGAGGAAGUUCAAAAAGGUGACGUCAAAACGUGCACUUGGCUCUUUGAGACCCAGACACUUGACAACAUACGUGAUCAUACAGAGUCUGACACCAUUCUGAAAACCUGCACUGUAAAGCAAGACGACGUCCAAGGAAAAGACGUGCGACUGGCCCGCUUCCUUUUUGAAACCGAGAACCUGGAAAAUAUCACAGGUGAGGACGUUGGUUCUUUCAGGAGGGUUACGGAAAUUGACAUCCAGUCAGGUGAUGUUUCAAGAAUGAAGUAUAUCUUUGAGAAUCGCUCGUCUGACAUUAUGAGCUCGACCUCUGAGGAAACAAUGCAGAGGCUGAAGACACAGCAGACCAAGGACAUCCAGAAGGGAGACGUGGGGAACUGUACCUGGAAGUUUGAGCAUCAUCCAAUUGAUGCCAUCCGCGACGAAUCAGCAGAGGCAAAGGAAUGUCGCACUGUGAUUGACGUUCAGGGUGGUAACGUUGAUAAAGGCCGCUUUAUUUUCGAGACUUUCUGUCUGGAUCAAAUCAAAGAGGAGUCUACUGAGACUGAUAUUACUAAAAUCAGUAGUAUUUUUAGAGAUGAAGUAGAGAGGGGGGAUGUGAAAAAUUACACCAUGAUGUUUGAAACUCAGCCGCUGUAUGCAAUCUGUGACAAAGAGGGCCAUUAUCAUGAAGUGACUACAGUUACCAAGGAGGAAAUCAUUAGAGGGGAUGUGGUGGGGGCUCGAUGGCAGUUCGAGACAAAGCCUCUGGAUUCAAUUAGAGAUUCCGAGGAGGUCUAUGUUAUCAAAGCUGUGACUGAGGAAGGCAUCAACAAAGGAGAUGUUAGCACUGCAAGGUGGAGGUUUGAAACGCAACCUUUGGAUGAAAUUACAGAGGAAAUAAAAGUUAGUUCGAAAACCGUUGCAGAUAUCCAAGGCGGUGAUGUGAAGACAAAUAAGCAGCGAUUUGAGACUGAUGAGAUGUCUCAAAGGUACAUCAGAACCGUUAGCGUGAGCGAAAUCCAAAAAGGCGAUGUCAGAUCUGCCACAUGGAUGUUUGAAACUCGCACAAUUGACGAGAUCCGUGGCGAAGGCGCAGAGUAUGAUGGCAUGGAGAGAGUGACAAAAGAGGAAGUAAUGAAGGGGGAUGUCAAACAGUCUGUGUGGCUCUUUGAGAAGCAGCCCCUUGACAGUAUCAAAGAGAAUGACGGCACAGAGCUUGUUGUCACAAAGGAGGAAAUCCCGCAGGCCGAUGUGAAGACGACAACAUGGCUAUUUGAAACCACUCCAUUCAAUGAAUUCAAUGAGAGCAGCAUGAAAAAGACAGACAUAAUCGGUAAAAGCAUCAAAGACACACUUGAGGAGCUGUACUGUCAGAAAAUGGUGGAUUCACAAGGUGUUCUUAUUGAGGCAGAUGAGAUUGGCGAUAUCCGCAUGGCAAAGUACAAACUCAUGAACCAGGAGGCUCCUCAAAUCCAAAGAGAAGAGAUUAUCAGAGGGGAUCUGAGCAACAUAAUGAUGAACCUCCUCAACCGCGGGGAGAUCACUGAAAGAGGGAUAACGAUUGACAGGGAGGAACGGGGCAAUAUCAACACCACAGUGAAGCAGCUAUUCAGCCAGGAAAGGGGAGUCAAUGUGGAGAAAGAGGAAAUUGUCCGCGGUGACAUUCAAGAGGCCGUAAACAAUCUGCUCAGGAAUGAGGGCUCCUCCAAGCGUGGCAUUCUUAUACAAGAGGAUGAGAAGGGAGACGUGAGGUUGACUAUCUAUUCCCUCUUAAAUAAAGAGGAGAGGGCAAGCAUGGAGAAAGAGGAUAUCAUUCAAGGGAACGUAAGCAGAACCCUUCAUCGACUUCUCUCCAACUCUGGAGGAGAAGACUCUAAAAAGAUACGGGUCGGAGACACAGAGAGAGGUAACGUCAGCUUUUACUCCACAUGCAUUGAGUCGGGAGCCUUGGAUUAUCUGAAGCAGCUUCAAUACGAACCCGGUGAAGCUCAGGAAGAAGUAACAAAAGAGAAUAUCAUCGGUGGUGACGUUCAGGAGACCAAAUUCUUGCUGCGGAAGAAUCAGCAGCAGAUUGGUCGCACAGUCGCAGAAGAUGAUAUAGUUCCUGGUGACGUACACAGCAAUGUGAAAGUCUUCAUGACGGAGCCUGCUGUUACCUACAGAAACCUAGAGAAAAAGGAUAUUGUCAAAGGUGACCUCAAUGCAGCCCUGGAUUCACUGACUCAAGCUAUCAAUCAGAAAGUUUUAAUAGAGAAAGAGGAGGUGGUGAAGGGAGACAUACCCACUACGUUAAGGUCUCUGGAGGAGGCCCAGCAUCAAGCCAAAGAAAUGGAAAAGCCUGAAAUUGUCAAGGGAGAUAUCAAAGGUGCUCUCGAGUCACUGGAGAAAUCCGCAACCACCAAUACAGAAGCUACAGUUGAAGAUCUGGUUCCAGGUGAUAUCAAAGGGACCUUGAAGUCCCUGGAGGAAGCCAAGCAAGCUGUGAAAGAGGUUGAAAAAGAGGAGAUUCUCAAAGGGGAUAUCCACACUGCCAUGCAAAGCUUACACGAGGCAACGAGUGAGAAAAGGACUUUCCAGCAUCAAGUGAGCGAACAAGGGGAUGUUAAAGGCACUAUCCAGCUCUUGCUAGAGCCAACGACUUCUCCCAGACUGCGGCGCAGGAGGAGCAUCGAAGGAGACGUGAAAACAUCUAUAAAAUGUCUCUAUGAAGGACAGGAAGCAACACAGGUGGAGAAGGAGGAAGUCGUAAAAGGGGAUGUUCAAGGAGCAAUAAAGAAUCUAAUGCAAAGAAAACAAUAUUCAAAUCCGAAACGCAUGCAUCCCCCUCAGAAAGCAAAAGUGCCUGUGAAGAAUCCAUUAACUGUAAAGCAAGCGGAGCAGGAAUGCUUGCAUGACGCCAAGAGUGAGAGUGAAGCAGUCAAUCCAGUCCCCGCUGUGAAAAAGCUCUCUCAGAGCAGUGAGUCACAGAAGCACACACAGAGGCACAAUGAAAGCAAAUCAGUGAAAACACAGGUAAUAACCCAAGAGGCCCACUCUGUUACUGUAGCCAAAACAGAUAAUACCACUGGGGCCUUUCAACAGAAGAGUAUGAAAGAGCAGAAGCAGCAAGUGCUGCCCACACAGAAAAUACAAGCUCCUAAGACCAUUAUGAUACAGAAUAAACCAAUGACCAAUAAUGAUCAAACAGAGACCAAAGUGGCUGAAGCGAAUGUGAUGAAAGAGGUGCAAAACAUAUCGCAGACCAAUAUUUCAAACAAGCAAGUAUGCAAAAUAAAGUCAACCAAACAGGUGCAGACUACAGUGACAGAGAGAACUGUUGUCCGUAAGCAACAUGUGUCAGAGCAGAUGUCUCAAAAGCAAACGGAAAAUAAGGUGCUCACACAAAAGCACAACAUGAAAAACAUGAAGAGUGAUCACCGUAACCUCGACAUGAGAGGGAAAGGUGUGAUCAAAAAGGCGAAGCCGGAGAUUCACUUCCCCCCUCCUCCCUCUUCGCCACCUCCCCCCUCAGAGUCGGAGCUCUCCCUCCCUCUGCCGCCCCCGCCGGUGCUGGAGGGCUCAGCAUCCCCCCCUUCUGUCAUGAGGCAAGACAGCGACCUCCCACCUCCACCACCUCCGCCUCCCAUGGAAUGCAAGUGUGAGCCUGAUUUCUUCCCUCCUCCGCCUCCUCCGCCUCCACCCUCUGUGGGCCAAGAUUUUCUCCCACCACCUCCCUCACAGCAAGAGCUCUAUGCAAUGCCUCCCCCUGUAAAGCUGGGCAAACCGAUCGGCAAGCCUCUAUUCAAAGUGCCUAAGCAACCAGAAGCACAGAAGCCGGCCGUACAAGUUAAACCCAAAUGGCAGAAAAAGCAGCCAACUCCUCCUCCACCACCCCCACCACCUCAGCUUCCUCUCGAUCAAGCAGAAACGUUGUCAACGGAGCGUCAAGAAAGAGCUGAAGUUCAGGAAGUGAAAAAGGAAACUACCAAACAGAUUACAACAAGCAAGCAGAUUCAGUCCGAAUUAACAGAAGUGUCAACAACAAAAAUACCAAGCAUCUCACAUGUGAAACCAAUGCAAAAAGAGAGCCCAAAGCCACCUAAAAAAAGCUUUGUCCCUCCUAUUAAACUGCCUCCACCUCCUGAACCCGCUCUAGCUGCAAACCCUAGGCCUUACGCUCGCAAAUUUAAAACCCCUCUUAUGCUUGCAGAGGAAAAGUACCACCAACAAAUGGAGAAAGAAGAAUUGGAAAGGAGUAAUGUCACCACUCCCACUUCUCCACCAAUUAAGAUACCCUCCUUUGCUGCAAGUCCUGAGCUUCAUGCAGCACGAAGCACAGAGACAGAAGAGGCCACAGAAGUCACAAAAGCAAAGAGAGAAGAAGCUAAGACUGUUUCUAAUGAAGGAGUAUUGCCUGCCAAGAAAACCCCUUCCCAGAUCCCUUUGAGCAAACCCUUGAUCUCAGUUUUAAAUAAGAAAUCAGCGUUUGGAUCUUCAAAUGUGUCCGUGGAUAAAAAACAUGUUGCCACCGAGCACUCAGAAAAAAUGGCCUCCACUGAUGUCGUUAACAAGAUUCAAACCGCACACAAGCAGCAGACUGUUUCUGUUUCUCAGGCCUCAAAUAUUGAAAGCCAGUCACGCUCGAAUGUGGUCACUUCUUCAGUCACGGAGCAGCAGCAGUUUAUUAAGAAAUCCAGCACCAGGUCUAUCGCUGUCCAGGAAAAUGUAAACCUCCAAAGCCAGGCUGCGGUCACAUUGAAAGCAGAAGAUGUGAAGAAUAGUAAUGCACUUCUGACACAGGAGGGGAAAAUGAGUCCCUCUCAACCCACUAAAAUUCCAAAGGUAACUCCAAGUUUCAAGGUGAAAACCUUUAAGAUGCCAACAGAGAAGAAAGAGGAGAACAGUGAAAUGCAUUUACAGCAAGAGAAAAGUAAUGUGUCGCAGAGCAGUGAAACAAAAGUGAGUCAGAAGAGCAACCAGCUGACGUCCGCAAGAACCGAGGUGAAAAAAGAAGUAAAGGAGAAGAAAAGUCACGUGACCCCACCUAUAAAGGAAGUUGAAGUGGAGGUUCAUCUUAAAAAGGGAGAGCGGGUGCAAAAGAAUGAGACAGAUGUAAAGCUGUCACCAUCAGUUAGUGCUUUAAUGCCUAAGGUGGCUAAGAUAACAUCUGCAGCAACUCAUCAAGGGCAAGGCCAUGUAUCUGUGUCCCACAGUCAGCAGAGCGUAAAGGCAGAGCACAUGGUGGUGACUGAGAGUGUGGUACAGCAAAGCUUUCACAGGCAAGAGGCGGCUCACAUGCAACAACAAAUAAAGGUACGAGCAGUGGACGCAAAUACAAUGCAGAUAAAGGCGGUGAAGUCAAAAGGUGAGCCUGAGGGUGUGUCUGUGCAAAGGACGGGCAAAAUAGCCCAUAAAGACGAGUCUCGUUCAGAAGAAAUCACAGUUUGGGAGAAAUGUGAUGUGAUGCAGAAGCUGCUCGCUGAAAUGAAAGAGCUCGAAGGCACACCGAGCAAAAUAGACUCCAACGCUGUCAGGAUGAUUAUAAGCCAACUGCCUGACUGGGCGAUGGGCUCGGAAGAGAAAAAUAAUUUCAGUGAAAUUGCGAAACAGCAAAGUAAGAAAAAACUGAAAGAGAUGAUGGUCUAUGUGAGAAAUAUUUGUCAUGCAAAGUUCACAUUUUUUAAAGAGAGCUCGAAGGCCGUGGAAAACGAAGCACCGGCAACGCCUCCAAAACCAGACAAGAGCGGUGUUAGUGCGGCGACAGCAAAGAUAUCGAAAAUCAGUAUCGGCUCGUCCAAAAGUGAAAGGAAGCUGGUGGAAGAGAAAAUGUCCCUUCAAGAGAGAAAGGUGCAUCAGGAGCUGAGGGAAGAGGCCGAUCAGAGGGUGUCCUCCCCUUUAGCGAGCAUCCGCACUCCGUCUCCGACUUUUAUAAGUAUUGAGUCAAGGAGGAUAGACUCGCCGCUCAGAGUCACCUCUUCUCCACCACCCUACAAGUCCUUCGGUACACCUCCGCCACCUCCACGCAGGUCAUACACGCCCACAUCUAUGUUCAGCAGGGCCACGCCGUCCCCCACCCUGAGUCGCUCCGAGAAGCUGAUGAAACUAAGGGACACCACCUCCAAGCUUUCUCGCGGCAUGACGCCUCCGCUUCCCACGCCGGUGACGGAGUCGUUUGCAGCUGAAAGAGAGCAAUCAUCCCCAUUUAGCGACAGGGAGAUUUCGAUAGACGGACUCGAGCAAGAGAUGGUGGACGUGGCGGAAAUGGCGGACUCCAUGCUGACUGUGAGGGAUAAAAAGUAUUUCUUCGAGGAGGCGCAGAAGUCGGAGGUGAGCAGGAUGUACAUGCGGAAGGACCCCAUCGACAUCCCUGAACGUUUGGGGCCUGACUCUGAGGAAGGUGCCGAGGCCAUGUUGAUAGACCUUCUGAGAGAGGAUCUCCCAAAGGUUGAUCUCUCUAAGCUGGUGAACAGAUUUGAAUCUCCACAACCAAAAGUCUACGCAAGAAGAGAGCCUAUUGUCAUCACGGAGAGGCUGGGGAGUGAUACGGAGGAUUGGGAGGCUGACACACCGAGAACUGACGAUGUUCCCUCAUUCAACGUAAAAGCCAUAGCGGAUGUGUUUGAGACUGGAGAACACAGUUCUCAGGCAGCCCGAGACCUCAGAGAACAAAUAGAAAGAAGAGAACCAGAAUCAGCCCACUCCGAGGCGCUGGGUCACUCGGAAACGACACUGGUCACCGAGCAAUUCUGCAGCAUCGACGACUCGACGAGCGAGGCACUCAGUGAGAUGCUCUCCGAGAGCUCCCUGACCCGCGGCAACCCUCCGUCCUACGCCGACGUGGUCAGAGGCGCGGUCCCAACGGUUGCCGUGCCCCCCGAGGCCUCCACCGAGGAACUGCUGAGAAACUUCCAGCAGUCGUGGGCCGAGAGCCAAGGGGUUUUCCAGAAUCUGGGUUUCAGUGUCACGGAGCAAAGGACCUCGCAGAUCGUAACGCACCAGCAGGAAACCGUUGUGACGGAAAAUUCGAGUUCCAGAGUCCGAGCUGUGCCAGGUGUGUCGGAAGAGGGUGUACCCGAUGGAGUCGCUGUUUGCAGACAAACAAAACUUCCAUAGGAGCUGCUUUCGCUGCGAACACUGCAGCGGCAAGCUAAGCCUCGGUAACUACGCCUCUCUCCAUGGACGAAUGUACUGCAAGCCCCACUACACGCAACUGUUCAAAUCCAAAGGAAAUUAUGACGAGGGAUUUGGACAGAAACCACACAAAGA